UGUACAUGCAAACAAAAAAGACAGGCUGAUAUCUUUUGUUUACAUAUAAGACGAUACCUUGACAAGCUCGUCGGGGACGCCUCUGGAUGGCAUCUCUAAUCAAUCGGCGACAAUCGCCCAUCACCGAGCCUGCCUUCCUACUAGAGUCAAUUUUAUAAUUUUCAUUCUAUUUUUCCCUUUCCGUCAUGCUUCCCAUCGCUCUCGCAUUCGCCGUUGGUGUGGCGGCGGGCAAAUGCUCGAAACCGCCUCCCACCGACGGCCUUACGUGGGGUCCUUGCCCGCCUACCAACAACCCCAACAACGUUACUAUCGACUGCACUACCCUCGAAGUCCCCCUCGACUAUGCCGACAAGGAGAGCAAGGAGAAGCUCACGCUGAACCUGGUCCGCCACCCGGCGACAGCAGAGAAGAAGCUCGGCACCAUUCUCACCAACUUUGGCGGUCCGGGCCAGGAGGGCCUCCCCAACAUGCCCAUCUACGGGCCCCUCUUCUCGCCCAUCCUGAAGGGCCAGUACGAUCUCGUCAGCUGGGACCCGCGUGGAACCGGCCAGACCCUCCGCUUCCAGUGUGUCCCCCCGGAGAACAUCACCCAGAUCCUCGGGAGCAACGGCGCCAACGCGUCGGCAACCGCUGCCGAAGAGCUCUGGGCUGAGGCCGGCGCCGCUGCCGAGCUGUGCUUCACCGAGAACAAGGAUCACGGCCACCUGAUCGGGCAGGCUUAUUCUGCGCGGGACAUGGACAGGAUCGUCACGGCCAUCGGCGACGAUAAGCUGAAGUACUGGGGUAUCUCUGGUGGCACUACUCUCGGUGCUGUCUACGGCGCCCUUUUCCCGGAGAGGGUGGGCAGUGUCCUUCUGGAUGGCGUUCUCAACUCGCACCAGUACUUCGGCAAGACCGGUGAGGAUGAGAUGUACGCUGCCUCCGACAGGGCUGUUCGCGGCUUCCUCGAGGGCUGCCUCGCCUUCCCCGACCGGUGCGCCUUCUACCGCGAGGACAGGAACGUCGACCAGCUCGAGAAGGAGCUCUUCGACUUCCUCCAAAACCUCAAGGCCAACCCCAUCCCUAUCCCCGUCCCCGGCUCCGAGGAGCCCGCCGGCUUCAUCCGAUACUGGGACGUGCUGAGCAUCUUCUACCUCGGCAUGUACCGCCCCGGCCAGUUCAUCGACAUCGCUACCGCCCUCGACGGCCUCAUGGAGGGCAACCUCACGGCUGCUAUUAUCGCCUUGACCCCCGCGCCCACCACCCCCAACCCGGACGUGAUUCCACCUGCCGCCGAAGCCAUCCUCGGUAUCCGCUGCGCCGACAAGAAGCCCCGCGUCGAUACCCUGGCCGGCAUGCGGCCCACGUACCUCGACGUCGAGGCAACCACGCGGUGGUUCCUCGAUUUCUGGGGCCACUCCAACCACUUCGCCUGCGCGCAGUGGAAGUUUGACGCCAACGAGCGGUACGAGGGCGACUUCAACGUCGAGACGGCGAACCCCAUCCUGUUCCUCGGCAACACGUACGACCCCGUCACUCCCUUCGAGUCCGCCAAGAACAUGAGCGAGAGCUUUGCGAACGGUGCUCUUCUCCACCUGAAUGGUUUCGGUCACCUGAGCCUUUCUGACGAGUCCGACUGUGUCAACGACGCCAUCUACAACUUCUUCGUCAACGGCAAGUACCCCGAGAAGGGUACUGUGUGCGAACCCAACCUGCCCAUCUUCCACCCGGACAGGAAGGAGAUUUUCGGGGGCUCCAGUGCUAUGUAAAGGGUUGUUUAUAGAGACUGGUUUAAACCUAGAGGGAUAUAGAAAC